GGAGGAUGCUGCUGCUGGUGAGACGCAACCAGUUGCUCUCCAGCUGUCUCAGCAAAGUGCAGCCUCCCCCACUACGCACCGACGGAUGACCAUCUUCGACCUCGUCGGGGAUAAAAGUGGAGGUGCUUUCUGACAGCAGAAGGAAAAGGAACGGAGUUGGUUUUGGGGGGUGCACCUCCUCGGUGUGGAGGUGCGGUUCGCGGUGAUAUCUGCCUCUAUCUCUGGGCUCUGUGGGAGAACCAUGGUCGAACUGGAGAAGGAAGUGCUCCCGCUGCCCCCUCGGUACCGGUUCCGAGACUUGUUGCUCGGGGACUGGCAGACCGACGACAGGGUGCAGGUGGAGUUCUAUGUGAAUGAGAACACUUUCAAGGAGCGCCUUAAGCUGUUCUUCAUCAAAAACCAAAGAUCAAGUCUUCGAGUGCGAAUGUUUAACUUUUCUCUGAAAGUGCUGAGCUGUCUCCUGUACAUUGUUAGAGUCCUAUUGGACAACCCGCAAGACGGAAGACAGGACUGUGUAAACGGAGCAAAUUGCACCAAACAAAACACAUCAUCGCAUCCCUGGAGUGGGUUUGACUGGAAACUGAUCAUCUGGGUGGAUCGACCUCUACCGCUGUGGGCGCUGCAGGUGCUUGUGGCUUUCAUCAGCUUUUCAGAAACUAUGUUGCUCGUGUAUCUCAGCUAUAAGGGCAAUGUUUGGGAGCAAGUAUUACGUGUCCCCUUCAUUCUGGAGAUGAUCAGCGCCAUCCCCUUCAUGAUCACUGUGAUUUUGCCCUCCUUCAGAAAUCUCUUCAUCCCUGUAUUUCUCAAUUGCUGGCUGGCAAAACACGCUCUGGAGAACAUGAUAAAUGAUCUCCACAGGGCGAUCCAGCGGACGCACUCAGCCAUGUUUAACCAAGUGGUGAUACUAAUCAGCACCCUGGUCUGCCUCAUGUUCACAUGCAUCUGCGGUAUUCAACACCUUGAACGAGCGGGCAACAACCUGACCCUUUUCGACUCGCUCUACUUCUGCGUGGUCACCUUCUCCACGGUGGGCUUUGGAGAUGUCACCCCCCAGAUCUGGCCCUCACAACUCCUGGUGGUCAUCAUGAUCUUCGUGGCGCUCAUUGUGCUUCCCAUCCAGUUCGAGCAGCUGGCCUUUCUGUGGAUGGAGCGGCAGAAGUCCGGGGGGAACUACAGCCGCUACAGGGCGCAGACGGAGAAACACGUGGUGCUGUGUGUCAGCUGCCUCAAAAUCGACCUCCUCAUGGACUUCCUCAAUGAGUUCUUCGCUCACCCCCGACUACAGGACUACUAUGUGGUGAUCCUUUGCCCAGCAGAGAUGGAUGUCCAGGUCAGGAGAGUCCUCCAUGUCCCUCUAUGGGCCCAGAGAGUCAUCUACCUGCAGGGUUCUGCCCUCAAAGACCAGGACUUGAUGAGGGCCAAGAUGGACGACGCUGAAGCCUGCUUUAUCCUCAGCAACCGGUUUGAAGUGGACCGCAUUGCUGCUGAUCACCAGACCAUCCUCCGAGCCUGGGCAGUGAAAGACUUCGCUCCCAAUUGCCCUUUGUACGUCCAGAUUCUCAAGCCGGAGAACAAGUUCCACGUCAAAUUUGCAGAUCAUGUGGUGUGUGAAGAAGAGUUUAAGUACGCCAUGCUGGCUUUAAACUGCGUGUGCCCUGGUACAUCAACACUCAUCACUCUAUUGAUCCACUCCUCCAGAGGACAAAUGGCUCCCCAAGAGGCUUUCAAGCAGCGUGUAGGAGCCUUUCAAGCCCUAAAUAGGGAGGGCGGUGCAUGUUCAGCAGACCAAUGGCACAGAACCUACCGGCGCUGCUCAGCCAAUGAGGUUCAUCACAUCCGUCUAGAGGAAAGUAAAUUCUUCGGGGAAUACCAGGGCAAGAGUUUCACCUUUGCAUCCUUUCAUGCUCACAAAAAGUAUGGAGUCUGUUUGAUCGGAGUACGUAGAUUGGAAACCACCAACAUCUUGCUGAACCCUGGUCCCUGCCACAUCAUGGGGGCUUCUGACACAUGCUUUUACAUCAAUAUCUCCAAAGAGGAGAAUUCAGCAUUUGUCAGGGGCCACAAGGAGCCAACAUGGGGCGGCACAGGAGGAAAUCCCAGGGGAGUGCACCAAUCCAUCUACCACGGACUCACACGUUUGCCAGUCCACAGUAUCAUCGCCAGCAUGGGUACAGUGGCAAUCGACCUGCAGGACUCCAGUGACAGCAGCCCAGAAAGCCAGGAGCCUGGGAGCACUGUGCUGGGCAGCGGGAGAGGAAGCAGAAGCAGGAGGGAGAUGGGUGGUGCUAACACUUUGGCCCUGCCUGCCAUGGGAGAGUCUGCCGAGGAAAGGCGGCACAGCAUUGCCCCCGUCCUGGAGCUGGUGGACGGUGUCAACAACCCCACCUUCGACCUGCUCGGAGACCAGUCAGAGGACGAGGGAGGAGAAGAGGGCAAGGAGGACAGUGACAGAGACGAGAGCGCCCACUGGUGGGGUCGACACUGCGAGUGGGUGAAGGGAUACCCCCUAAACUCUCCGUACAUCGGCAGCUCGCCUGCAUUGUGCCACCUUCUUCAGGAAAAGAUGCCUUUCUGCUGCCUGCGCAUGGACAAGGCUUGCCACCACACCCUUUUUGAGGAUGCCCGUUGCUAUGGCUUCAAAAACAAAUUGAUCAUCGUGUCUGCUGAGAGUGCAGGAAAUGGACUGUACAACUUCAUUGUGCCUCUACGGGCCUACUACCGACCCAGGAAGGAGCUAAACCCCAUUGUGCUACUGCUGGAGAGCAUACCUGAAGCAGACUUCCUGGAGGCAAUCUGUUGGUUCCCCAUGGUGUUCUACACAGUGGGCUCCAUCGACAAUCUGGACAGUUUGCUGAGAUGCGGAGUCACUUUUGCUGACACGAUGGUAGUUGUAGACAAGGAAAGCUCAAUGAUUGCCGAGGAGGAUUACAUGGCUGAUGCAAAGACCAUUGUGAAUGUCCAGACACUCUUCAGACUGUUCCCAGCUCUUAGUAUCAUCACAGAGCUUACCCACCCAGCCAACAUGCGCUUUAUGCAGUUCAAAGUCAAAGACCACUACUCUCUGGCCCUGUCUAAACUGGAAAAGAAGGAAAGGGAGAAGGGCUCCAACCUGGUGUUUAUGUUCCGCCUGCCCUUCUCUGCAGGGAAGGUGUUCAGUGUCAGCAUGCUGGACACUCUCCUUUACCAGUCAUUUGUGAAGGACUACAUGAUCUCCAUCACCAGACUGCUGCUGGGUUUGGACUCCAUGCCUGGCUCAGGUUUCCUUUGUGCUAUGAAAAUCACAGAGGAGGACCUGUGGAUCCGCACCUACGGCAGGCUCUACCAGAAACUGUGCUCCUCCACUGGAGACAUUCCCAUCGGCAUCUACCGCACAGAAGCACACAAGCUUCCAGUCUCUGAAUCCCAGGUAUCCAUCACAGUGGAGGACUAUGAAGAUACGAGGGAACCCAGAGAGCCCCUGCUGUCCCGGACCAGUGCUCACCGUAACUCCACCUCCUCGGAGCCCGUCUCCACCUCCUCCCACUCCUCAGACCACCCACUGCUGAGGAGGAAAAGCAUGCAGUGGGCCCGGCGGCUGAGCAGAAAGGGGGGUCGGGGCUCCAGUGGGGCCAAGGGGGGUCCCGGCAGUGCGGCAGAGAGGAUCAACCAGCAGAGACUCACCCUGUUCAGGCGCUCUGAGAGGCAGGAGCUCAACGCCCUGGUGAAGACAAGGAUGAAACACUUGGGCCUUUCUCCAACCGGAUACAAUGGGAUGACAGACCAAGGGAACAGACUGUCCUAUAUCCUCAUCAACCCUUCUCCAGACACCAGACUGGAGCUACACGACGUUGUGUACCUGAUCAGACCAGACCCGCUCUCACUCGUACCCAAUCAGGGUAGCAGCAGGAAGUGCAGCGCAGGGACCUCGGAGAGCAACAGGUUCGAUACGCAGGACAGCACCCAUCUGUAAGGGACAAAAACAAACAAAUAAUGUGUUGAACACUGCCAGAGAGAGGAGACACAACAACACAGUUUACAGAGAAUAAAGAGAUGGUGAAAUGGAGAGGGAUGCAGCCAGAUGUCCCAAAGCCCUCAUAUUUUCAGCCUCGUGGACUGAUAGGUGCCAGUCUUGCAUGGACCUUUUCUAUAAUGAUGGGAAUGUUUUAUUUAUGCACCUUUCUAUUUUCAAAGUGGAAAGCUGUGGACACAGAAGUGCAUUUAAUGAAAAAGUGUAUGUAUUUAUAUCUGUGUAUGUGCAUGUAAUGUACUGCAUCACGUGUGUGCAGUGUGUCUGUGUACUGUAUGUAUGUGCAAUUGUGUGAAUGACUGUGCAUGUAUGCUUAUGGAUCAAAAGCAAGAUACUGCCAACAUGAGAGGUACUGCUGCCAAAUGGAAGUCAAGGGAUGUUUUCUUGUGUCCUUCUGUGCCGUAGGUGUGUUUUGUCAGACUUAAUGCUGUUUGACGUAAUUUGAAAGUGACACUACAAUGCACACAUCCCUUUUUAUUUUGUGGUCUUCAUAAAGUCAUUUUGAAACGUU